CAACAGUAAGAAAUGCGCGCCAAUUAUUUAUUUUUCGCACAGCAUUGUUUCGUAGUCUGUGUGCUUGAAAGUCUUAUUUAUCUGAGAAUUUAUUAAAAGGUUGGAACAUUUUUUCACUAUGUCAAAACCUAAAACAUUGUUAGACUUCUUUUCAAAAAGUCCAGCAAGUAAGCCAAUUCCAAAAACACCUAAAUCACAAACUCCUGUGUCGAAAAAUUCCGCUUCAGAAAACAUUCUUUCUUCUAAGAAAUCUCUUAACGGAAUAUGUAAUUCUGAUUCACAGACUCCUUCAAGAAAAUCUGAAAUAAAUCGAAAAUCUGAAAAAACUACAAACAAAAGACACGCGCCUUUAGGAAGUGAUGUUGAUUCUGAAAGAGAAGCGGAAACUGAUGAGGAAGAAAAAGUCACCACUUCUAAAACUAAAAGACGGCGUAUCAUAAUAGCAUCUGGGUCAGAAGAUUCUGAAGAUGAAUACAAACCUGGAAAGGAAAGCUCAGAUAGUGAAGGCAGUGCAUCAGCGGUAUCUGAGAAUUCAGAUGAAAGUCCAGUGAAAAAGAAGAGAAAAACAAUGAAGAAGACAACAUUGUUAUCACCAUCUUUGGCUUCCGUCAAGAGCCCUAAAGCUUCACCUAAUUCUUCUUCACCUAAAACUCUCUCUCUCAAUAGUCCUAGAAGCACUCUACCAGUAACACCUGCAUCUGGGAGUUCAAGAAAACUUUCUACUAAUGUGUCUAAACAGAAAUCUUGUGAAGCUACAAAUGAUGACGAAUCCAGUAAAAGUGAAGAUAAUUUAAAGGAAUACCUACAUGAAACUUUAGAUUGGUUAAAUGAUGAUAAGAUAAGGGACAAAUCUGGUAAGCCAAAGUCACAUCCAGACUACAAUCCUCGGACAUUGUUUGUUCCUGAUAGCUUUAAGAAAAAUUUAACUCCUGCAAUGAAGCAAUGGUGGGAUAUGAAAUCGGACCAUUUUGAUACUGUCCUUUUCUUCAAGGUUGGAAAAUUUUAUGAAUUGUACCACAUGGAUGCUGUUGUAGGAGUCAAGGAACUAGGAUUAGUCUUUAUGAAGGGUGACUUUGCUCAUUCUGGUUUUCCAGAAAUUGCAUUUGGUAGAUAUUCUGAAUGCUUAAUUGAAAAGGGGUACAAAGUAGCAAGAGUGGAACAAACUGAAACACCUCAAAUGAUGGAAGAACGUUGCAAAAGUUUGCACCGACCAACAAAAUUUGAUAAAGUGGUGGCUCGUGAAAUUUGUCAGAUAACAACUAAAGGCACUAGAACUCUGACAUAUCAGAGUGAACCUAUGGCAGCUAAUAAUAAUUAUUUGUUAGCUAUAUGUGAAAAGUAUGAUGAAGGAGAAGGUGGUGCAUCUGAAUAUGGUGUUUGUUUUAUUGAUGUUACAAUAGGAAAGUUUUCAUUAGGUCAGUUUAUGGAUGAUAGGCAUGGUUCAAGACUUAUGACUUUGAUUGCACUAUACCCUCCAUCUGAGAUUUUAUAUGAACGAUCUUCUGUAUCCAAGAAGACUCUGCAGUUGCUGGACAACAAUUUAAAUAGAGUUUCAAAGGAAGCUCUAAGUUCUGGCUCUCAAUUUUGGGAUUCUACAAAAGUAUUAAAAUUCUUGUCUGCAAGUGGCUAUUUUAAAGGUGAAAAUGAUGUAUUGGAAUGCCCUGAAACAAUCUUAAAAAUGCUUGAUGAAGAUGACCGAUUAUUACAGACUCCUUUAAAGAAUUAUGAACUUGCUUUCAAGUCACUUGGUGCCUGCAUCUGGUAUUUAAAAGAAAGUUGCAUUGAAGAUGCUGUCCUUACUAUGAAAUUGUUUGAAGAAUUUAAACCAUUGGAUGGUAUUGCAGUAGCGACUAAAGAAUCAAAUGAAUUUAUAAAGCAGCAUAUGGUUUUGGAUGGAGUAACAUUGCAGAAUUUGGAUAUUGUUCCUGUUCAUCCAUUAGAUACUACAGAUGAAUCAUUGUUAGGUGUAAUGGAUUUUUGCUCAACUAGUUUUGGCAAAAGGCUUUUUAGACAUUGGCUUUGUUCACCAUUGUGUAAUCCAAGAAGUAUAACUGAUCGUCUAGAUGCUAUUGAUGACCUUAUGGAAAUCUGUGAUACUGUUGAAGUAGUAGUUGAAUUGUUAAAAAAGAUACCAGACUUGGAAAGGUUUUUAAGCAAAAUUCAUACUCAAGGCCUGAAUCGUUCCAAAAGUCAUCCUGAAAUGCGGGCUAUUUUUUAUGAAUCUGAUAUUUACAAUAAGAAAAAGUUGCUUGACUUUUUAUCAACACUUGAUGGAUUUAAAGAAAGCAUAAAAGUAAUAUCUCAUUUUGAAGACCACUUAGAAAACUUCAAGUCAUCUAUUUUGAAGGAAUGUACUUCCACUACUAAAGUAGGAGGUCGUUUCCCAGAUUUAUCUGAAAAGUUAGUAUAUUUUGACCAUGCAUUUGACCACGAAGUAGCUAAAAAAGAAGGUAACUUUAUUCCACGUCCUGGAGUUGAUGAGGAAUAUGAUUCUGCGUGUGCAGAAAUUGAAGAAACGGAAAAGGAUCUUGAAUCCUACCUACAAGAGCAAAAACAAUUACUGAAUUGCAAGGUAACCUAUGUUGGCAGUGCAAAGACAAGAUUUCAACUUGAAGUUCCUGAUAAUAAAAAGGUUCCAAGUAAUUUUGAGUUUCAAGGAGCCAGAAAAGGAUUUAAGAGGUAUUAUACUCAGGAAUGCAAAGAUUUUGUAACUCGCAUAAGUAAAGCAGAGGAGAAUCGGAAAGUAGCAUUACGUGAUGUUGCAAGAAGAAUUUUUGCACAGUUUGAUAAAGAUUAUAAUAUGUGGAAAGCUGCUGUUCAUUGUCUUUCUGUACUUGAUGUUCUUAUCAGCUUGUUAACAUACUACAAAACAAGUGCAGUAACUAUGUGCAGACCUAAAUUUUCACUUCCUAGUGAAGAUACAAAGCCAUUUUUAGAAAUCAUUGAAGGAAGACAUCCAACAUUAUUGAAAUAUUUUACGAAUGAUGCAUACAUUCCUAAUAGUGUUUAUAUUGGACCUAAAAGGGAACCUGAAAAAGAAAAUAUUAACAGUGGAGGACAAUUAGUAUUGGUCACUGGCUCAAACAUGGGUGGCAAAUCCACUUUAAUGAGGCAAGCUGGAACUCUUGUGAUAAUGGCUCAAAUGGGUUCCUACGUUCCUGCUGAAUCUAUGUCUUUAACUCCAGUUGAUCGAAUAUUUACUAGAAUUGGUGCUAGUGAUAAUAUGAGUAAAGGAGAAAGUACAUUUUUUGUAGAGGCAAGUGAGACUUCAAGCAUCCUACACCAUGCCACACUCAAUUCCUUUGUUUUAGUUGAUGAACUAGGUAGAGGAACUGCUACUUAUGAUGGUACAGCCAUUGCAUGUGCUGUUUUAGAUUACCUAGCUAACACUGUUGGUUGUAGAACUUUAUUUUCUACUCAUUACCAUAAUUUAGUUGAAAAGUUUUAUUCUCAUCCAACGGUUGGUCUUGGUCACAUGGCAUACAUGGUUGAAGAAGAUAGUGAAUGUCCAGCAUUGGAACGUGUUACCUUUCUAUAUAAAUUUAUUGAUGGUGUAUGUCCAAAAAGUUAUGGCUUCAAUGUAGCUUUGCUGGCUGGUAUUUCAAAAGAUAUUGUACAUUCUGGCCAUUUAAAAGCUCAGGAAAUGGAAUACUGUUCAAAAAUCUCCAAAUGCUUAAGGAAACUUCUUAGAAACAAGGCACCAGAAGAAAUUGCCAUCAAGCUUCAUGAAAAGCUUAAAACUUUGAAAAUUCUGGAAUGAAUGUGGUCAGAGUUAGAAAAUGAUUCUGUGAUGUUAAAAUCUUGCAGAGAUUCGUGUACAUACUAUUUGUUUCUUUGUAUGUAUUAUAUUUUUAACUCAUCUUUGUCAGGUAAGGUAAUUUUACCUCUACAGUACAACUUGCAUUUAAUUUUCCCUGGCAAAGAUCUGUUAAUUCAUGUUAUGUCUGGAAUAAUUUUUCAGACUAUCAGAAUUGUAAAAAAAUUUCUAAAUAAAAGUUUCUAAAUACUUAA